ACUUACGGUACGAAAAGGUAAGGUAAGGCCGCCAGGUAAGCUCGACUCUGCCGCCGCGAAAGCCCAGCUCUGCCUUCAAUUCUUCAGUCGAGUCGCGAAAGUCGUCGAGUGCGUUUGGUUCGCUGGCUCGUCGGCACUCCAGCUUAAAAUCAAAAAACAGAAAAUCCAAGCUACUAAAAUUUAUCAAAAAAAAAAAAGAAACAAUAACAAAACAAACUGAGAAAGAGAAAGAAGCUGAACAAACAAACAGAGAUCAUCAUCAUCGUCAUCACGAAAUUUUGUGCGCGCAGUCUUCGCCGUUAUGCAAUUAAAGUGCGUUCAUAAAAUGCCGAGAUAGCAACAAUUUCGUUUUGAAUUAAUUUUUGGGGAAUUAGAAAUUUUUUCGCGCGAGUUUAAAAGACGCAUUAAUACCGACCGAUGUCCAAAUUUAAUGCCAAAUUAAAUAUUAAAAUUUAUGGCAAACUCGUUUACUCCCCAGACCCAGCAACCAAAAAGUGAAAUUAAUAAAGUGAAAAGCACGCAGCAAUUGUAGCCGAGGCAAUUACAAAAUCAAUAUAAAUAAUAAUAGAAAAACCAUUGUUGCAGCAUUAAAAGUACGUAAAGAAAUAACAACAGUUAGGGGCAAACACUUUUCCUCGUCGUCGCUCUGCGAAUACGUAAUCAUUGGGAAAAUAUCAGCAAUUUUGCAACAGUUUCGACACAACAACAACAACAACAGCAGCAACACCAGCGACUGCAGCAAAAACAAAAGUAAUUGAGCAGAAAGAGGACAGAGACCCCAGAAAUCACACAAAAUGGUGUCGCGUCGAAAAAUUCUAUCACGUUCACGCGACGAUCUUAAUCUCGACCAGACAUUUACCCAACAGGAGGAGGAGGAGGAUAUCUGGUACCAGAAGGAUAAACUAUACAAGGAACACAUUCAGGAAGUGCUGGACAAAUGGACCCAAAUCGACGACGAGAUCUGGGCCAAAGUGAUCGUCUUCGAGCGGAAUCGUCGCGUGGCGAAGGCGUACGCACGUGCUCCGGUGCUGACCAUUAAUGGAUCCGACGAUGGCUUCGACGGCAUGAGAAUUGGGCUGUGCGGCUUCGACAAUCCGAUGAGGGAUCAGAAAACAGACGAGAUGAAGCGCGUCAUCGGACAGGGUGUUAAAAUCAAAAUGGACGAUGCUGGCAACAUACUCAUCCGGCGGUACGCCAAGAGCAAUGUCUAUGUGAAGAGCACUGCCAGCAGUCCGAACGAGGAGACCUCCAUCGGUGCCGAGAUUUUAAAACUGCCCAAUCAGGCGCUCGAAUCCGAAAAAAUAGUCAAGCUCUUCGACAUGAAGAAGUUCCAGUCGAACGUGAAUCGCGAAUUGCGACGAGCCUAUCCGGAUCGACGGCGUUUGGAGACGCAGUGUCUCUCCUCGGUGGCGUUUGUCAAGUCGGAGAACGACGUCUUGGAGUGCCCCAUCUGGGUGCUCAUCGUCAAUGUGGUGGCCAUGGAUAUGCUGAAGAGCAAACUGCCGCCAGUGCAACGUCCCAUUGUGGACAUCAAGAACCGCCCGCGUAUUCCGAUUCCCGACGAGGAUCCCUACAGCGUCGCGGGCAAUGGAAGCAAUGGUAGCUCCGGCAGUUCUGGAUUCGGCAGUGGCCACCAGGCGCAACUGCAUCCACAGCAACAGCAGCAGCUGGGCAAGCACCUCAAUGGCAAUGGAGCAGGCCAUGUGGCCGCCACCCGGGAACAGUUGCUGCUCCAGACGCAACAACUGGCGCACAAGCGCAGCGAGAAGCCUCCUAAACUACCGCCCAGGGACAAUAUCUAUUCGCACGAUCUGAUUCCAAAGCCGGAUUACGAUGACAUUGAUUUGGAAACUCGCAUCAAACUGUCGCGUGGCAAAUCGGACAAGGGCAAAGAUAACAAGAAAUAUGAUGACCCCUACUACUGCGGCCUGCGGGCCCGAGUGCCGAACUUUGUGAAGUCCGGCAAGCCGAUCUCUGGGCAGGUGGCCAAGGAUCAGCGGGAUGGGAAUGCGAACAACAUCGGCAACGGCGGUGGGAUCAGCACACUCAGCCAGAAGAAGACCUCGAUGAUACACAACCAUCUGGGGGGCAUGCAUCCGCACCACAUCCAACAGCAGCAGCAGCAACUGAUGGCCGCGGCGGCGGCUGCGCAUGCGGCACAGCACCACCAUGCGGGGCACCAGCGGGAGCAGCAGCAGCAGCAGCAACACCACCAGAUCUGGCAGACGCGCAGCUAUGAGAGCGGCAUAGGUAUUUAUAAACAGGGUGGGCCCACCACCGCCCACCAACCACACAAAUCGCACGCACUGCAAAUGCAAAUGCAUCAGCAACUGCAACAUCAACAACAACAACAACCACAGUCACUGCCAACGGACCUAACAGCAACCACUGCAACAGCAACCACAGCAACCACCAAGACACAAAGCACAGCUAACAAAGCACGUAGCCACCAGCCACAUCCGCAUCCGCACUCGUAUCCGCACGCACAUCAGCACCACAGACACCACCGGCAUGGCCACCACUGCGAAAGGCACGCCCACCUGCAGCAGCAACAUCCUGCACCGCAGCAACAUGUGCCGCAGCAACCUUACUACGACAAUCUGGAGGAUCCAGUGGCUCGCCAGGUGAAGCGUCGCCUGUCCAGCCGUCGUUCUGCUCCGGAGGACAGCUCGUCCUGCAAUUGUGUGAGCUGCUAUGCGCUGGCUCCGCUCUGUGGCGCAGUUCCUCCGCCACGUCCACAGAGGAGCCUGAGCCAGCAGCAAUUGAGGCGCCACCAGCGACUGAGUGGCAGCCAAGUGGAGCCGGAAAUCCGGCCAGGAGUGGUCAAGUGGUGCAGCGAGAGCGAUGUCUCGGUGCUGGAGCUGGAGCCUACGGCGAACGAACGAUACGACGACUGCUACGAGUACGAUGACUUCGACAUGGCAUUCGACCUGGACGAUGACCUGGGCUUGACCGAGAACAUACGACGACGCAAGGGACCGGAGACGGUGGACAUGUACGUGGAUCGGUCGCAUCUCCGCCAGCUGCAGACGCCGGCAGUGCUGCGCACCAAGUCCCAGUCCACCGAGAGCUUCUUCGAGCAGCCCAACGAGGAGGGCUCGCUGUACAUGUACGGCGGCAGGAAGCGGAUCGCGGUGAAGGCGGCGCCGUCGGCGGCCAACAUCUAUGACCGAGUGCGCGGCUCCAUCGACUCCACGGACAGGGGACGACGCAGUGGGGCAGGACCGAAAAGGGGCCAGAGCUGCCGCAAGCAGCCACAGCUGCCAGCGCCCAGUUGGCGAGGCGGCAAGCAGCGACAGGAGCAGGCUCAAAACGCUGACAAAAGACAAAGAUAUGACAAUGCCACCACUAGCAACAGCAACAGCAACAACAACAACAGCAGCAACAGCAACAGCCAGCACAAAAGACAGCUAACGAACGCCAAGCAAGACAAUGACGACAUGUUGAAAAACAAAAAUUAUUUCAAUAGUAAAAACAAAAGUAUAGCAGCAGCAGUAGUAGCAGCAGCACCAGCGAAAGCGACAGCAACAUCAGCCAGCACAGCAGCAACAUCUGGAGGAGGAGCGGGAGCAACUGGAGUUGCUGGGGGAAAAUCCAGAGGAGCAGGCGGUCCAACAAUGUCCCCAACACUGGGCACUGGCCCAGCAACAAACAAUACCCAGGCCAAUGGACAACCUCAUCCUGCUCCUCCUCAUCCGACUGCCAUUGGGCGAACCGGGCGCAGUGCCAGCCGCCUUGACAUCAGCGACAUGGAGUCCAUUUAUGGCUACCUGAAGCCCCGCAAGCCGCGCAGCCUCAGCCUGAAGAAAAUCCAAAUACUCGACUACUGAACGGACACACGUGAAUUUGUAUGGGGUUGCUCUAAAUCGAAACGAG